AUGCUUAAAUUUCAAAAACCUUAAACUUGCUCAAAAAAUUUAACCACAUAAGUAAUAGAACGCUUAGAUUUUUUUGGAUUGCUUCCUUAAUUUAGAAUUUUGAAGAGGCAAAAGUUCUCUACUCCGUUAGGCUAAAUUAUAACUAUUAUUAUAUGCCUUGCUUAUUUAUAUUACAUUAUCCAUGAAAUAUUAGAUUUGACAAAUCGAGAUAGCCCUAAAGUUGUUUUUUCAGAACUCCAACCUUCAAACACUUCUGUAUUAAUAAAUAAUAUGAUAAGCCAUUGUAUUUUGGGAAAAAUAAUUUUACAUUUGUAUUGACAAUCGCAAAUCCACAAUUAAGUUCUUUGCAAACUUUAAACAAAUAUUUUACAUUAAGUGUACAAAAUUGUCUAAGAAAUCGUUCUUUAAAUGAAGAUGGAAUUUCAUAAAUUGAUUAUAAGUAUGAUACCUUCAGUAUAACUCAGCUGCUCCAAUAUUCCAUUAGAGCCUUGUCAAAUGGAUAAACAUUUUUAAGAGUAAUAUUAAUAAGAAUAUUUUGAAAAAUUCAAACUUCAAUACAUGUAUUGCCCUUCUAUUGACUAUUGGAAUUAAUAUGCAUUGGUAUAGAUUAAUAAUUAGUAUAUAGCAACUCUAAGGAUAUAGUCAAGAGGAUAGAUUUUAAUUUUUGACAGUAACUUUUAGUAUAUGCAAAAAUUCCACUGAUUAUUAAGGUUGUGCGUCUUUAGAAGAAAUCAAUAGUAAAAUGUAAUCUGGAUUUUUUGUAAAUAUAUUCAAUUCAUAUUUAUAGGUAAUGUAUUUAAGUGAUGCGUUAAUCUAAAUGCAAUCACCUUAAAAACCAUAUUAAGAUGUGAUAUCUAUUUAAUAUACUCAAUUUUCUUUAACUAAUUCAAAAUCAAUACAUUCAACUUUCAAAGUCACUGAAACAACAACAGAUUAUGGUAUUUUGAAGACUGAUUAUGUAUUGGAUACAGCAAUAAUGUAAUCCACUAUAAAAGAAGAUAGCACACCAUAUAAUAAAUAAUAUCUGGUCUAAAAUUCUAUUUUCUUAGAAUAGAGAAGAAAUCAAUAUUAAAGGAGUUAUCUAAAACUCUAUACUUUAUUAGGAUAAAUUGGAGGUUUAUGGUAAAUCACUAUUAUUUUUUUUAAUUGUCUAUUCUAUCCUAUUUUAUUUUCUUCAAUGAAUUUGGCUAUGGCUAAUAAAAUAUUUAGAUUUGAAAGUAAGGAAUCACUUGAUUUAGAUAUAUUGUCAGUAGCUAAAUCAGUUCCAAUUGGUAAUUAAUUAAAUAAAAGUGAUGUUAAAGAUUAACCAGAUGAUGUUAUGAAAUCAGAAAACAUUUAAAUUAGAAAGUCUUUUGCUGAAUUCUCUAAAACUUAAUAAGAAAUAAAAAAGUUUUUAAGAAAAAAAAAGUGUUCUUUAAAUUUUACUUUACUUGAUAAUAUAAAAUUUUAAUUAGGUUGUAAAAAGGAUAAAUAAAGAUAAUUAAAAUAUGCUAUGAAUAAAAUAAUAAAUAAAUUAGAUAUUUGUUAAUUGAUUACAAAAUUUAAUGAAUUAGAUAAAUUGAAACAUAUCUUAUUAAACAAAGAUCAAUUAGCUUUAUUUAAUUAUAUUCCAAAACCUAUGAUACCUUAUGAUAUGUUUGAUGAUAAUUUCGAAAAAAAAAUAAAAGAAUUAGAAUAAAAGUAAGAAUAUAAAUUCAUUUUGGAAAAUGAAAAACCAGAUGUACUUCGAUUAGAUGAUGCUUAUGAAGCUUAUUCAAGAGUUAUUAAAAAGUAAGAACUCACUACAACAGAUGAGGCAAUAUUAUAAUUUAUGGAUGAUGAUAUUAAAAGAUUAUUUUCUAGAAUAUACUCCAAUUAAUUGGAAAUGUUAUGCUAAAAUCUUUAAUCAUCAUAAGUUUUCAUGAAAAAUAAUACUGAAAGAGUUGAUAUUCAAGAUGAACCACAUAUUCAAUUAGUAUUUGGUAGUAUUACAAGCAGAUAGUAUUGA